GGCCAACCUCGGAAUGAAUGCAAUCUGGGACAUACUAACAGACUCUGUCUACCCAUAGAUUCCGUCGCUCAUGCUCGAGCCAAUCCACUACAAGCCAUCUCUACUACAGUAAUGACCCUGAACAAUGGAAUUCUGGGGCAAGUUCAGCAGACCACGGUCCCUCGCAUUAUUUUCAACCCCAAAGUCGCCAUAAAUCGCCUUCACAAUGGCCUCACUCAGGCACGCUGCAUCGGGAACGGCUGUAACCGACUUGAGGGGACAAAAUCAGAUUUAGCAGCCUAUGUUAGAAACGGUACAGAUGAAACUCGAGUCAGCGACGAAAAGCAUGCCAGUUCGCCUAAGUUACAGUCCUCCAGACAACUAAUUUCUCUGCCCGAUGAGGAUAGUGAUUCUGCUAAGAGAAAUGGUACACUUCAUUUGGUGAGCAAACUUCACUGUUCCUCAGGUGGCUCUGGUACUGGAGAAGGCGAUAAUUCUAUUAGUGUUGACAGCAAAGUCAAGCUUAAGCCGCCUUCCGGGGCUCUUUUCGAUUCUUCCCAAAUUUCCUCAAAGCCAGAGUUUUCAUUACCCCACAGUACUGGCAGCACCUUUUCUUCCAUGAAACGACUCAAGCUUGGUAUAUUAGAUGCGCCCAGGUCGAGCCGAAUUAUCUCAGAUAAUACAUCAACUGAGGAAAAGCCUGAUAUUAUUGAUGAGAUAAAGAAAGGCUUUUCAGAGAAAGAAGAUAUUCCAAAUUAA